CACUAAUUGUAUUUUGGUUACAAUAAAGUCUACAGUUAAAAAAUGACAAAACUACGUCGUUUUGACAAAAAUUGCCAAAAGACUUGUUCUCGGACUGCAUCUAUCGUUGACAGUUGACACCCAUUCAACCCUCAUAUCACUUUCCCAAACAAGCAAACAUUCUAGCCGCUUCUCUUGAAAAAAACAAGCAAACCAUAGUGGAUUCAAGAUCUGCAAAAUUUCACCGGAUCUGCAACCAAUGACGUGAAUCUGAGCCCAUUUACGCCGCGAUCACAGCCCUUUUCCUACGAUUGAGACACUUAACCACGGCGGGUCUUCAGCUCCAAAAAGCAACCGACGGUAGAGCAUCUUCGCUGUGCAGGUCGAAUAAGGGUGGUUUAUCGCUCUAUAUUGCCGCUGGCUAGGAUUUCAUGCCCCCUGUUACCCGCCGUGCUGCCAAAGCAUUGAAGCCGAUUGGGAUCCAGAAAUCUCUUGGAACCAGGUCUGAUUGGGCGGAAAACGAUAUUCGGCAGUGCCUUUCUAACUACUACAAGAUGAGAAAACAAAGGCGCCAUCCAGAGAAGGAGCGUUGUAAUUACUCUAGGCAGCACGAAAUCCAGUUUGCCAACCACCUUGUUGAGAUGCAUAGACAGGGUGAAAUUAGGGACAAUAUUAGUUCCUACGUGGUUCCCGAAAUUCAGCGCCGGUUAAACGGGCAGUACGGCACCUCGUUUACUGAGGAUAGUAUAAGGGGCAAGUACUAUGCAUUGCGCGGGGAGACCAAGCUGUACAUUUCCUUUAAGAGGCGCGGAACGGGAAUGGGUUGGGAUAGCCAGAAGUUUACAUGGCUUAUGGAUGAUAGCCAAUGGGCCGCGAUGGAGCAGGUCAACCCAAAAUACGGCAAAUUUCGGAAUGACUGCACCGUCUACCAUUUGCUUGAGGAAGUCUUCGUCAACCAAGGAGCGACGGGAGACUUCAGUUCUGGCUUCGAGAACGAGCUCCGUACUUCAGCCGAUGAGCGAGAAAUGGAGACUACUGCCCGGCUUGCACGGGGAAAGGGAUCAAGGUCCAGCAGGGACGAGGAAGCUGAAAUUGAGGUACGGGGGCCAAAAGAAGCGAAAGGAAAGGGGGGGAAAGGAAAGCGGAAGUCGGGUGAUGGCUCUGGCUGUAGUCCCAUGUCCACCGCUUCUGGCUCAGUGACCGAUAGAUAUCUCAGGGUCUGUGAAAGCAUCGAGUCACUGGUUAGUCGGAAGAAGAGCUCCAGCACGAGUGCCUCAGUUAGUUCUCCGGACAAGAAUCGUUCUGGCCGCGAUCCAUCGAAGAAAACCGACUAUGAAAUUGCCAUGGAUCAACUUAAACUUAUUGAGAACGUCAAUUUCAUGGCCAAAUACAAGGCAGCUGAGAUAUUGAAGGAUAAACAAGAGCUGGAUGUUUGGAAUUUAGCUGCAAGUGACGCCGACCGCAUCACUUGGAUGAAGCUAAAAGGCUGUUUCCCCCCUGACUCUCAGGAGCCCCCUCCCCCACCCCCCUUUUAGGUGCUUUCGUUGUUCAUCAGGAGCAUUUAUUUGAAACUUGAGUUGUUGCCUAAUGUUUGUUUGUAUUUGAGAUCUGUUAGGUGUAGCAUUUGCUACCGGAACUUGACUUUAUCCUUUCUGAGUGUUGUGGUUUGUAUAUUUGAAUUUGCGGAUGAAUACUGGUUUGUUGAGUUGUUGUGUUGCGGAUGAAUGUUGAGUAAUUAAAUUCAUGAUGCCUUUGUUUAAGAAUUGGUUUGCGGAUUGAAGAUUUUUUUUUGUUU